AUGAUAGGGUCAAUCAAAAAGAUGAACAGGAAGUAUCUUCUGACACCAAAGGUGCUCUAUUUCCUCGUGAAUCUCCAAUAUUACACGCUCCAUCAGUUUAGAGGAGUGUUUGCAAAGAAGAAGUUCGGAGCAUCAGACGGCGACCUUGCAUAUUUCAUAGGGCCGAUGCUUGGAACAGUGUUCUUCACAAACAUAUUCAUUGGGACAAUGAAUGAUAAGUAUGGAAGAUCUCACAUGUUUAUAAUAGGUGCUCUUCUGCUUACAUUUAUGUACUUACAGCUGUUUUUCGUCGAGGCAUAUAUGACGAUGGUUCCAGGAAUGUCUAUAUUUUGGUUCAAUCUCUUUCUGUACAUGGCCUUCAACAAUGGAAUUCCUCCUCUGCUUGACAAGGCUGUUCUUGACUACCUGAAUGAGAUUCCUGAGGCAGGGGCAAGGGAAUUUGCAAAGCAGAAGCUCUGGGGGACGGCUGGAUAUGGUGUUUCAUGCAAAGCCAUAGAAAUGUGCAUAAAGUUUGGAGAUGAGUUCAAGUUUGGAAAUCUAAGGUAUUAUUCAUUGAUAACAACUAUUUUAUCUGGAUCUGCUGUGUUCUUGCUUCUCAAGUCUCCGGCCAGAGAUGGAACGAGUGCUAGAAGCAAUAUUCUUGCAAACUGCAAAGAACUAAUGCGUAAUGGAUCUUAUCUUUUCUUCACAUUCAUUAUCUUGUUGAAUGGAAUAACAAGGCAGGCAUUGUCAAUCUACCACAUUGUGUAUCUUACGGAGAUUUUACAAAUAAAGGGAUAUGAACUACCAGAAAGCUGGCCGUCUUGGCUUCAGUACCUGGUUGGCUUUUUUAACGAGUCGCCUGUUGCAACAGCAACAUUUUGCGGGAUGGCAUUUGAGGUUGUGAUGCUCUACCACUUUCCCAAGAUAAGCCAGAAGAUUGGUCUUGUGUGGCCUUUCUUCAUAGCACAGCUCUUCCAGAUACUCAGAGUGAUCUGCUACUUCAUGCUGGAUUACAAUAAUCCUCAUGUGUUUAUGUAUUGCUGUUUGAUUGAGCUAACGAGAGGAGUAUACUUCGGACUGUUGACUCCGUCUGCUGUGCAGCUGGCAAUGAAUCUAUGUCCUCCGCAUCUGAAAGCUACUUCGCAGAUGGUCUACCAUGGAACAUUCACUGCGCUUGGAUCUCUCGCAGCAUCUGCAGUGUUUGGAAGUCUUUUUUCUGAGGCAAAGAUGAAAGGCGCUGAUAUUUCACUGGAAGAGAAGGCCUCGAACUACAAGGUGUUUUUCCUGGUCAACAUUGCGUUUGCAUCUGCAACUGUGGCGCUGUUUUCUUAUAAAUACUUCUUCCUGGACAGGAUUUCUGGGAGGAAUGCAGAGACUGAAAAGAAGGACCUCAAGGGAAUGCAGAGAAUGGCAGAGUCUCAACAAGAAAGCGCAAUUGUAAAUAAAUAG